AUGAAGCUCUCUACUAUUCUGGCCGUGGCGCUGUUCGGCAUCUCUACCUACGCAGACACCAUGUCCCUUAUCGAUGCCCUCAAAUAUCGUGCCAACGCUACCAAGUUCGCCGACUUCUUGCUAGCAAAUCCCGACAUUCUCGCCAUAUACAACUCUACAACCGUCCAGACCGUAUUUGCCCCAACAGACGAUAACUUCGUCACCCCACUCAGACGCCGUGAUACCUCUUCUCAACAACAGCAACUGCAGUAUCAAUAUACCAACCAGUUGACCGGCCUGGAAGAUCUAGCACCUUCCAAUUUGCCCGGUGGAGUAAUUCACACCGGACUGCCAGCCCCUCAAGCUGGAGGUACCCAAGCAACUGUUUCCGAGAAGGUAGCUGCGAAUACCACUACCCGCCGCCGCAAUGUUCCUUCUACGGGCAUCAAAAUACUCUCCGGUCUAGGCAACAGCGUCAACAUCCUCACAGGAGAUAUCCCGUACUGCAACGGACUCAUCCAAUCCACCGACGGAUUCUUCACCAUCCCCUCCCCUCUCUCCUCAACCCUGAACUCCACCGGCCUCUCCACCCUCAGCAGUCUCCUCUCCUCCGCAAACCUAACCAACACCUUCGACUCCUCUUCAAGCAUAACAAGCACCUCCUACACCUCUUUAGCAGGCGAAACACUAACCAUCACCGUGAACAACGGGGUGUAUUACGUUAACGGGGCUCGGAUUGUCAAGAGUGAUGUUAUUGUCGGCAAUGGGGUCGCGCAUACGAUUGAUCAGGUGUUGGUCCCUGCUGCGCCGGCGAUUGUGUAUACUGGCGGAAGUGGAGGUUUGAGGGCUGGGAGCUUGGGGCUGGGGCUUGCUGCUGGUGUGGUUGUGCUGGGGUUGUUGAUUUUGUGA